CAGAAUUUAUUACGAGCUUUUUCAUUCAGUCAGUUGGCACUUACUACAGCUUAAUUUGUUAACUUCGUUUUUUUACUGCUUGACCAGUUUGGAGCUAAUGCUUGCUGAUACAUCUUAGAAAUGGCUGCAUAACUUAAUAUGUGAGAUCUGUUUCCCAAAAUUUUGCUUUUUGUAACUGUUCUUCGCUGGAUAAUCUGGGCAAUUCAGAACUUGUUUGGUGUGUCUUGGACCGUACAGUUAUUACUAAGAGUCCUUGUAACGGUGAUACCGGAAACCAGCGGUGUUGGACAGUUUUCUCAGGGCUGGAAAUGUGAAGUGGCUGACUUGCUCGCUAACCCAUAAUUAAAUUAUAAUAAUUACGGGAUAUAUAUCAUUGGUGUAUGGCACAGCCACAACGGAACCAACAAUGGAACUGUUCAGUCCAGUGAGUGUUUGGUGAAGUUUUCUCUUGUUGACCGGAGCCAAAGCGAAUCGGUAAACACAAACGCUUCCAUACCGUAUUAGCGUCUGUGAAUACCAUUGGACACUACGCACUACUCGAGUGAGCACGCUCACAAGCGAACGAUCAGAGCGGAGCAGCUGGCGUACAAUAUACACGGCAUACCAGGACGCUUACUCAUCUGUCAAUCACCUGCCGCUGCCAUUGCGCUGUUGUUGGAUUGUUAUUUGCGUGUGUGUGUGGCUGUGUGGUUUUUUCAUCAUCUUCUUGCAUCUCGUGUGAUUUGCCCACAUGGCCGGAAAAGGACAGUCGAAGAAUGCAGGCGGCCUCAUGCUCGGUCCAGUCGUGACGCCUAUAAGAAAGGAGAACGUUCGGAAUGAGUAUGAUAUUGCCAAAGAAAUUGCCAGGGGAAAAUUCGCGGUGGUCUAUCACGCCACACAUCGACGUACCGGACACGAGUAUGCAGCCAAAGUGGUGAAAAAGCGUCGGCGCGGCAAAUGUGUCAGGAAUGAAGUGAUCCAUGAAUGUACCGUUCUGGAACACUGUGCCAACAGCCCUUAUAUUGUUAAUUUGUUUGAAGUCUUUGAGGAUGAUCAUGAAAUGGUUCUCAUUCUGGAACUCGCGACAGGUGGUGAAUUGCAAGCACUUUGCGACGAUGAGCAGGAUAUCAAAGAGGAGCAUGUUCGACGGAUCAUUGAGCAAACGCUGGCCGGGGUGUAUGAGCUCCAUAAGCUCAACAUUGUCCAUCUGGAUAUCAAACCAUCGAAUAUCCUUCUGGCAUCAGAUGAUUACCAGCAUGGUGAUUUCACCAUCAAGCUAUGUGAUUUUGGUAUCUCACGGGUGGUAUCGGCUGGACAAGAAGUUCGUGAAAUUCUCGGAACGCCCGACUAUGUUGCGCCAGAAGUGCUCAAUUUUGAUCCGAUCUCUAUUGCCACGGAUAUGUGGUCGAUUGGUGUCCUAACGUAUGUGCUCCUAACCGGCAUUUCGCCCUUCACGGGCGAUGAUAAUCAGGAAACCUACGUGAACAUCAAUCAGGGCAAAGUGGAUUUCCCGGCUGAUGUUUUCGCUGACAUUUCCCCGGCAGCUAUUGAUUUUAUAAAAUGCUUGCUGGUCAAAAAUCCCAAGGGCCGCAUGACUAUCGAUGAUUGCCGGAGACAUCCUUGGAUCAGCAAUCCUCCAGCCAAAGAUGAUCAACCUGAGCCGGUAUCUUCCUCUACCAUAACCAAAGCUGAAAUUCUAGAAGUGCAGCACUCCGAAGUGCUGAUUCAAAUUAUGCCGGCCAUCAUCACCGUCAGUGGUGGUCCGGAUGUGUCCGUGGAAACGGAUUCGGCCUUGUCCAGCAGUGUUACGGUGGAUCCUGUCAGUUCGCCGCCAUCCCGGCGUCCCCAUCAGAUAACAUCCAACGAGAAAGAGAACGCCGUUGGAAUUAUCACCAAGCGUUUUAAAUUCCGUGAGCCGCAGAUCACACUCACCCCGCCCAGUCGGAAAGGAUCCUUAACGGCGCCCGUACAGAACCAAGUUCCAUGCAAGUAAAAAUGGCGUCUAUGGAAGGGCCCGGCACCCACCGCAGAUUUCCCAACAUUUAUUGUGAAUUGGAAUAGAAAGAAAGUUAUUAUUUGUACCCCGUGUCUUCCUUGGGAAUUGAUCUUCCCGCUCUGUCUUUGUUGAUGCGUUUUAGAUUUGUUUUUUCGUUUCUCCCUCAAAUAGUACAUGUAAUGUUAGCAGCGCUCGGUCAGGCAGCUACAAAUGCUUUGACGGAUAGUUCCUGUUUGCAACUUGCCAUUGUACAUUUGCGACGGCUUCUUUGGAAUCAGAUCUUUUUACCAGAAAACGUGUGUUACAGAUACACUCGUAAUAAAAGUGAUUUGUGCG